UCCGCGUGACCAGUUGUUGUGGUGGUGGUGGGGGGCCUGGGCCGUCUCCGCCGAUCAUGUCACGUACACCCUUGUGAGACUUUAGAUUGUUCAUUUCCCCGAUACCGAGUAAAGAUAAUAAUGCAGGUGAGUCUAAAAUAUGUGGUGCUGAGUUAGAGCCGAGAAAGGAAAGUGUUUAAAGUGUUCCUACGUGGUGGACGGGGCUGUGUGUGGUGUUCAGUUAGCAGACAAGUGAAGGUGGUGUGUGGCGCUGACUGGGGUAUUGAGGUGACUAAGCCUGUAGGGGAAUGCUGCUGUGCUCCCCUGCAGCUACCACCACGCUAUGUUGCACAUUCAGGAGGAAAUAAUGGUAUAGCAGGUAGCUGGCGCAGAGCCGAGGGGGAAGCUGCUCAAGUUGACCUCUGAAUCACUCCAAAAAUUCCACUCAGUUGAGAGUUACGUGAGGUUGAGUCCUCUUCCCUCCCCUCCUUGACGGAUGAGUCACUGGGUGGACAGCACACCCAGAAUGGAUAUACCUGAAGGAGCAGUUGUGCAGCAAUAUAAGAAAAGGCCUGAGGACCCACCCUUCCUAACAGUGGGGACAGAGGUGUCUGCCAAAUACAAAGGUGCUUUUUGUGAAGCAAAGGUGCACAAGGUGGUGAAAGUAGUCAAGGUCAAGGUGACAUUUAAGCUUGGCCUUGGGUCAACAGUAGUGUCAGAUGACCUGGUGAAGGGGGUGCUGAAAAUUGGAGCUCAAGUCAAGGCCAGUCAUCCAGAGAAGAACCAAUAUGUGGAUGCCAUUGUUAACAAGAUUCAGGAUUGUAGCCAGUACACUGUUGUCUUUGAUGAUGGUGACAUAACAACACUGAGGCGAACGUCACUGUGUCUGAAGAGUGGUCGUCACUUUGCUGAAAGCGAAACCCUGGAUCAGUUGCCUCUGACUCACCCGGAGCAUUUUGGCACUCCAGUGGGAGGUGCUCGGAGAGGCCGCAGGUCAAGACAGCAUCCGGAGGGUGAAGAGUCUGGUGAUGAGGAUGAUGUGCACAAGCGUCAUCGGUCAAGACGUGAGGAGUGGGAGUCAGAUAUAGGAAAGGUUGUGUGUGUGGAACUGGGUGACAAGAAAAAACAGAAGGACAACUGGUUCCCUGGUCUGGUUGUUGCCCCAACUUCUCAGGACUCUGUCAAGAUUGAAACCAAGAAGGACUACCUUGUGAGAUCAUUUCAGGAUGGCAGAUACUAUACUGUACCCAAGAAGGAAGCAUCGCCAUUUAACAGGGAGGUUGGUAGCAAAGUGUCCCAGAGCGCCCUCAAGAUAGCUGUGGAGAAGGCCUUGCUCUUUAUGACUCAUGACGAGCUGCCACCACACUGGGACCGUGACCUGCUUUUUGGUAUGGAUGUGUCUGAAGAUGACAGUGAUAGAGAUGGAUCAGACUCAGAUAGUUCAGAUGAUGAACCAAGAGAAGAGAAGGACCAUUUUGUUGCUCAACUAUAUAAGUUUAUGGAGGAAUGUGGUGCCCCUAUUAAUAGUGGACCAACUGUGGGCAGCAAGGAUCUAGACCUCUACAAACUUUUUAAGGUUGUGCAGAAACUUGGUGGUUUCAACCGAGUAAUGAACCAGAACCAGUGGAAGGUUGUGUCCAAUAAGAUGCAGCUGCAAUCCCUUGGUUCUCAAGGUCCUAAUCUUAUUAAAGCAGCUUAUAAGAGGUACCUUCAGAGCUUUGAAGAAUUUUAUCGUAAGCUGGGCUGUACUAUGGUGAGCAAUCCUAGAGGCUCUCGUACGAGACAUCGCUCUGGCCGUAGCCUUAUCCGGGACUGUGACCGCACCCCACGCACCUCCAAGAAGAAGGAGAAUGACAGUUGUGACUCUACUGAGGAAGAGGGAGACAAGAAGGAUGAGGAGGAGACAGCAUCGCAAGUAGUUGUAAAGAAAACCGACAGAAAAAAAGCUGAGAAAGAUGAUAUCAAAAAGGCUGAUGAUAAAAAAGAUGGUGAUAAGGAAUCUGAUAGAAAGGACUCUGAAAAAAGAGACACAGAGAAGAAAAAAGAAGAAGCAAAGAGUGGCAGAAAUGUCAAACAUGAACUUGUGAAGACCUUAGAGGAUGAACCAGCUAUGACCAGAGAGAGGUCCAGGGAGUCAGUAGGGCCACGUGAACGGUCCAGGGAAUCCACAGCAUCUGCUAGGGAACGGUCAAGGGAAUCCACUGCAUCAAGAGAGCGUUCAUCGAGGGAGCAACAAUCAGCGAGUAAGGAUCGUACUAGAGAGCAGUCAAACUCUAGGGACACUGGAUCAGAGCCAACAACAGCUACAAAGGAGAAGCUAAGGGAACCAAGGACACCACGGUCAGAGGCCAAGACAAGAGCUGCUGUGGCAGCCAGGGGUGAGGGUGGAGAGGUGAAGACAAGGUCAAGCAGCAUCAAAGAGGAGAAAGAAGGGCCAGAGGUGAAGACUCGCUCCAGCACUAGGGAAGAAAAGAGGGAGAAAAAGGAGCCACUGGAGGCAGACGAUGAAGAAGAAAUAGAAAUGCCUCAGACCCGGUCCUCUGCUAAGCACAUGGAAGAAAGUCGUGAGAGGGAUGACCCACUCCCAUCCAGGAAGACAGGGACCCCCACCAGGAAAGCAAAAGGUGGUGCUGAGCGUCCCAGUGCUAACAGUUCAAUCUCUACUGUAUCUGUAGCUGUCCCAGCAUCUACCACCACUUCCACCAGCUCCACUGUUACUACUACCACUGGGACUGGCAGUAGCAAUAGCAGUGUUUGCAGUAAUACACCAGGGGGAACAGCAGGUUCCACUGGUGGAACUUCAUCUGCUGUGGCUUCUGCUGUACCUUCAUCCUCUUCUUCAUCUUCUUCAUCCUCAUCCUCCACCACCUCUUCCUUGGGUGGUACUACCACCCGCACACCUACCCCCACCCUCACCCCAACCCCAACCCCAGACCAGGAUGAGGAUGAUGAUGAUGAAGAUGACUCAAGUACCCACACCCCAACUAGUUUGGGUACUUUUGGCAGUCAUGCUGUUGAUAAGAAGGCCAAGAAAAGCAAGAUGGCUAAAGGAGGACCUGGGCUACCUCUUUCUGCAGCAUCACCAACAAUUGAGGAUUCAGCAGGUGCAAGAAAACGUGGUAGAAAAAAGAAAGUGGAAGGGGAACUGGAGCCUCCCACAGGGAAGUCUCUCAUUCCUGCCCAUGUGCCAGUGAGUGUGGGUGACAAACUGAAGGUUCUUUAUGGACCUAGUGCCAAGGAAUCCAAGAUUACAUAUGAAGCUAAGGUCUUGGAAGUGGAGGAGGAAGGUAAUGCCCCAAUGUACUAUGUUCAUUACCUGGGCUGGAACACGAGGUAUGAUGAAUGGAUCAGGCGGCCGCGCAUUGCUGAGAACAUCACCUGGUCACAGAACCGAGCCAAGAAGGGCCGGGCUGCUGCCACCAAGGAACUCAAGGAAAAGAAAGAGAAGGAAAAGGACACAAAAGAUACUAAAAAAGAAGAAAAGGAGUCUACUCCAGCAGCAAUUGUUGCAUCCCCAAAGACCAUUUCCACUAAGCGAGGCCGUCCACCUGGGGGAACACGAGAGAGAAGAGAGAGUGACCGUAGUGAAAAGAGUGAUACAAGUUGCACCAGUAAUGUAUCAGGGCCCAGUACUCGGGCUGCCAGAGACCGUAGCCUUUCCCAGCCUGAUAGUCCCUAUUCAGACCAACGGAGAACCAGACAAGCUGGGCUCGUGGAGAGUGAUAGUGAAGACUAUGAAUCUGAUGCAGACACAAGCUCAGAAAAAUCUCGUACCCGCUCCUGCUCAGACCGACGCAAUAUUGCAUCACUCACAUCCUCCUCUGUGUCUUCCACUGUGACCUCAGAGCCUUCAACUGUCAGCACAAUUACCACUGCCACCCCUACUAUCAUUACUACCACCACUACUAAAACUGCCACUACCAUGACAGCUUCCACUGCCAGUGACAAGCUUCCUCGGGAUACCCAGAUAAAGUUUGAGGCACCUGAGGUUAAGGAGGAAGAGGAGGACCACAAACCAUGUGGGAAAGAUAUUGACCUGAAUGCUAUCAUUUCAGAAAUGAAAGGUCUCGACAAACCACUAAAGAAGGAAGAAGAUCGUGGCUUAAAGGAAGCCACUUCAAGAUUGAUUUCCCCUGUGAUGCCUAUGACAACGUUUGUUCCACCAGAGAAGAAGUUAGGCACAUCCCCCAUCAAGCCAUGCACAACAGACAGUCUUCCAAAGAAAAUGACAGAGUCCCCAGCCAAACCUAUUAUCCAGGACUCCACCAAACUGUUGUCACCCAAACUGGAGAGCCUAGAAGAUGAUGUUUAUGAAUUUAAGGAGCCAGAACCUUUUGAUUUUGGUGAGAUGCGAGCAAGGAAGGAUGUAAGAAUUAAACCAAGCAUAGGAGCAGUGUCUUCUGAGGAUAGUGACCCUGAAGGCAAGAUGAAGAAGAAAGGAAGAUCACGGAAGGAUAUGAAAGAUGGAGAUAAUGACAAGACCGAGUCAGAUAGUGACAGUUCCAGCUCCCAGAGUCCACAAAAGCGACUCAUUCUACCACGGGAGGUCAGAGAGUCACCAGCAAAGCGAAUGGUUGCAGAGUCAAGCAAAGAAGGUGCCAUCCCAGUUCUUUCAGAAGCAGUUACAAAUCCAGAGAAGAAAGAUGCUAUUGCUAUUGCCACUAUCAUGUCUCCACCCCGGAAAGUCUUACUGAAGAGAGAUGUUCCCAUCAAAGUGGAAGCAAUGGUUCCUGCCAUAACAGAAACCAAAAUCAUCAAGCCAGAGAUUCCUAAAUGUCCUUCUCCCAAGGGUACCUCAGUUGAAGUGGCUCCAAAAAUUCCUCUACCCCUAAAAGAACCAGUUAGGCUGCACGUGAUUCCCGUAAAGGCAAAGUCUGUUGGGGGAAUAGAUCGACCUGUGGGGACCAUUUCCAAACCUCUUGGUCCACCCUCACACCUUCUCACUCAGGCUGUAAUACCUGUCAUAGAGUCAAAAGCCAUGGCAAAGCCUGUGCCCAAGCAGUUUGAAGUGAAGAGUGACAAAGCAUCACUUCAGAUCAAAAGUGAAGACAAGCUUGAAGCUAAGGUAAUUCCCUUUUCACAAAGGCAACAGCAUAUAUUCCCACACCUUCUAAACAGACCAGAGCCUUCAGAGAAACUAAAGGAGGUGCACCAGAGAAUUACUUCUUGCAUUCACUCUCCUCCCAGAGAAGGUGUUAUAUCCACUACCUCCAACUGCACCUCUACAUCCACCUCUACCUCUACCUCCACCUCCACCUCCACCUCCACCUCCACCUCCAUCUCUAGCUGUAGCUCCAGCUCCACCUCUACCUCCACUUCCACCUCCACUUCCACUUCCACUUCCACUUCCACCUCCACUUCCACCUUUGCCUCUGCCUCUACCUCUACCUCUACCUCUACCUCUACCCCUACCCCUACCUCUACCUCUAUCUCAAUCUCUACCUCUACCUCUUCCUCUACCUCUACCUCUACCUCUAUCUCCAACUCAGCCUCCGUCCCCACUUCCGCUUCCACUUCUGCUUCCACAUCAGAAUCUGUAGGGCAUAGUGGUUCAGAAACUGAGAGGUCCAAGAGGGAGAGUUCAGUUGAGGAGAGCAUUGAGGCUGUGGUGAAAAGGGCACGGCAAGAUCAGCAGCAACAGCAGCAGCAACAAUCAGGGGAAGAAGGAAACAGAAGUUCAGACAAAAAACGGAGAUCGAAGAAGGUAUUGAGCAGAGAGUUUGUUCCAGACACUUCUGAAGAGUCAGACUCUGACAGUCGCCUGUCAAGACCUGACUCAGAUGGAAGAGUGAGGAAAGUUAAGGUGAUCUCAGAGGGAGUGGAGAAAGGGCCAAUUCUCAAUAGAGGGCAAAAGCCCAUGGCAGAGUCAGAAAAAAAGAGUGGUAAGAGAAAAGCAGGUGAUACUACCACAGAGGAGGAAGAUGGCAUUGAGGAUGAUGAUGAUGAAGAUGAAGAUGACGAGGAUGAGGAUGAUGAGGAUGAGGAUGAUGACGGGGAUGAAGAGGAUAUUGUUUGUAAAGAAUUGGGUCAUUCAACAAUCUUGGCAAAGGGCAAGAUGAUUAAUAAGAGACCAGAUACAACAGGCAUUCAGGAUGAUAAUACGGAUGAGGACCUUAGGCACCACCGUAAAAGGCCGAGAGCUUCAGCCUCAGUCACACCCAAUCGAUCAGAAGAGGAAGUGGAAACUGGGCUGGGGGAUCUUUUGUGUGAGGAGACUAUCCCCCCAGGUAGCCCUGUAACACAUGAUGGCUCCUGUGCAGAGCCCAGCCCACAGCAGCACCCUGAUGUGAAAAAUGAGAUGCCUUUUGCUAGUGUCCCUACUGGCAGUAGUUUUGGGAAGAGGGGCCCUAUCCCAGUUGCAGGACAAAUUGCUGCAGUGACAGUCUCUUCCUCCUCUUCUGUGGUUCACCAAACCACAACCAUGUCCUCUUCUACCUCCUCCCAGUCCAUCCCACCUCUCAUCUUGCCUUCACAACCCCUCACCAGCCACCACCAACAGCCUCACCAACCACAGUUGAAGGCACCUCAGCAGCAACAACAACCUAAACACCAACCAUUGCUCAUUCCUCAAGUACACCAGUCCUGUCAGCAGAAGAUUCAGCAUCAGCAUCACCAGAAGUCACAAACACAGCAACAAAUGCAGCAUCAACAAGCACAACACCAAGUACAGCACCAACCUGCACCCAAGGUACAGCAGGGUCAACUUCAGCAUCUUCCAGUACACUCUCAGCAGCAGCAGCAGCAGCAGCAGCAACAGCAACAGCAACAGCAACAACAACAACAACAACAGCAACAACAACAACAGAUGAACCCUCUGAACCAGAAGCACUCCCCUCAUGCCCCAUCCACCAUGACUGGCCAACUACAUGGCUCAACAUUACACACACAGCCAGCCAGCAGUGUGCCAGCUCACCAGCACAAGCAUGGAACAUCAGGAGGGUUGCAGCAACAUCAAGGCUCAACUGUACAGCAUUCACAAUCUCAGCAUAAUCCUCCUGUUCAUCAGCAUUUGAAGGUGCCACAACAGCAGCAACAACAUCAGCAACAGUCAUCAACACAACAGUAUCAUCAUCAUCAUCAUCAUCAACAACAACAGCAACCGCCGCCACCACCACCACCACCACCACCACCACCACCACCACCACCACCACCACCAACAUCAUUGCCACAUCAACAGCAACAGCAGAUACAAAAGUCUCAACAACAGCCACACCAUCACCAGCACCACCAUCACCAUCACCCCUCUGAAUAUCAUCAGCAGCAGCAGCAACAACAGCACCAUCAUCAUCAUCAUCAGCCACAGCAGCAGCAGCAGCCACAGCAGCAGCAGCAGCAGCAGCAGCAGCAGCAGCAGCAGCAGCAGCAGCAGCAGCAGCAGCAACAACAACAACAACAACAACAACAACAACAACAACAACAACAACAACAACAACAACAACAACAACAACAACAACAACAACAACAACAACACCACCACCACCACCACCACCACAUGAAUCAACCUCAGACACAACUCAAAGUCCAUCACUCUCACCAUCACCAACACCACCACCAACACCACCAUCAGCAACAACAUCUGCAGCAGCACCACCACCAUCAGCCACAGCAGCAUCAUCACCAGCAGCAACCACUACCCCCACAACAGCAGCAGCAGCAGCCACAGUCGUCAUCACAGCAUCAGCAGCAGCGGUACUCCCCCUCUCCCAAUACACAGCGUCAUACUUCGGAGGGCGAUCAGUACUUCCCUCAGGAGCAACAGUAUCAACGUCUCACACCCAGACCUGGUGGCGUCAUGUCCAGCAGUCUUGGUGGUCCUGGUCUUCCUCUUGGGACUGCCCAACCCUCAGCAAGGAUUCCCGGCCAGGGGGUUACUUCAGGUGGUGCUUCCACUUCAGGGAGUGCUGCUGGGAGGGAGUCUGGAGGUGCUCAGAACACACUUAUAGACAACACUCCACCCACUACCCCAGAGAGUAUAAUUUCCAACCUCUCAGACUCUCCUCGAGGGGACAAUGAAGUUGCCAAAAUUGAUGACUCCAGUAAAUCAGGAAGAGAUUCUUCUGAAGUAGAGCUUGAGAGCUUAGGGGACAACACCAAGAUUGAUCAGUUUUCUGAAGAUUCGAAUACAAUGGACAGCCCCUUAGGCACGGAGCCACGGCAGCGAGGUCCCCUGGUGAGUGCUGUGAAGCGGCAGCAUGAAGUAACAAUGGGUCAGGAAGGGCUUGGUGACUGUGAGGGCUCAGAAACAGAAGAAGGAAAUAUGACACCUGCCACACCAAAGAGGCGGAGGCGAGGACCCAGGGCAAGGGCAAGCAAUGAUCCAGAUGAUGAUGAUUCCUCCAGGAAGGGCAUGGGUCAGGGCACUUGCUCAGGACGGCGGCGACGGCGGCAUUCUUCAUCACGUGGAGGCCUACAAGUUGAUGAUGACACCGAAACAAGUGGGUUGUCAGCACUAUCCUUGGCCUGCAGUGCUGCUAGACGCUCCAGAUAUAACUUCUGCCAGGAAUUAGACCCAGACUUGGAUGCCACCAAGAGGAUAGCAGUGCUUCAGUCCAGGAUCCAAGAAUUGAAGAGAACCUACAUGCAAGUCAAGACUGAGUUGGCCUCUGUUGAGCGGAGGCGGAAGAAACUUCGUAGAAAAGAACGUGAAAAGGACACAAAGCCAGAGCUCACGUAACACGAGGUGAGGGGACAGGUCUGCCCCAAUCAUCUGUGAUUUACUGUGCUCAGUGGCAUUGGUAAGAAAUGAGAAGAGUAUAAGGAAGGAUCUCAGUAGUUUCCUGUAAGACAUUGGUUGGUAAUGUAUUAUUAGCCUCUAAGGUGACAUUUUAAACUCAUGUUUUAAGAGUCAUUGUGAGUUUUUAAUGUUAGAACAGUUGACUCAAUACACAUUUUACCUGAGUUGAACUUGUAGAGCAACUGUGUCUUUGGGAGAAAACUAUCAGGCCAUAAGGAGUGCCUUGGUACAUGUUAUGGGUUCUUGUAGGCUGGGGAGUCGGGAGGGUAAGCUUUAAUGCCUGUGUGCUGUGGGCGUUGUGUCGUGUUCGGUGAUCUGUAACCUCAGAUGGCAGAGAAAAAUAUUCAGAGUUGUUGUACAGUCCUUGUAUUACUUUGUAAAUAGACAUGCAUUCAAGUGAUAUUUGCAGUACUUUUUUAUUGUUAUUUUUUAUAGUGUAAGUAAUACCAGUUCAUUUUGGUGUUGUAAGAUUAACUUUAUAAAGUUAAUGCCUUUGUAAGAAUAUGUACAUAGUGAGUAAGGUACAUAAGGAUGAAAGGACUGAGUGAGAAAAUUAUCUAUUUCACCAGAAAGUAUUUAUGAAAAUUUGUAAUAUUUUUUAUACAGAAUUUUUUUACUGUAUCUUCCUUAUUCAUAAAGUAGGAAAGAUGUUUCCUGUGAAGUACAACUUGUGCACGCGUGGGUCCUUGCAUGAGCCAAGUCAAGUCUCGCAUUUUGAUUUUUUAACUGUUAACUACAAAUACAUCAGAUAUAUAUUUAUCAGCUGUAAUUUGACUAGUUGAUUGCCAAACCACAUUUCAGAACAUCAACUUUUUAUGAAAAAUUUAUAGCCCAAUUGAUUCCCUUCCUCCACUAACUUUAUAGAACAGUAUCAUAUUUAACUAGAAGGAACAGUGUUGACCAUCAACCAAUCAGAAUACAGCUUUAUGAUUGCCAAUGUUACCUGAUGCCCAAGGAUUGGAUGGGAAGGGAGAAAUAUAAGACAGGAGUUGGAUCUCAUAUUCCUCUGGGCAAGAGCCAGGCAGGUGUAUUCUUAAACCACUCGAGUGACAUAGCUUUAGGGUUACCACUACAGAGUAAUUGACUUGAUAUACUUAAGGCAUAGAUAGGAACAUUGCUUCACUAAACUUACUUUACUACUACUACUACUACUACUACUACUACUUGUGUCUUCUUAUCUGUAAGCAUUGCCAGUGCUUCUCUCUUUUUAUACAUAUAUGCAUAAAACUUUCAAAGACUCAUAACAUGCCCAUCAAGAAGGUUCAUUCACUAUUGGCUCUGUGUAUUGCUCUGCCUUCUUGUGCUCAAGUGGUGCUUUCAGACUCCAGCCACUGUCAUAUAGAUCUGAAUACUGCAUUUUUUUAAGGUCAUCUUGACAAAGUGGCUGCAUUUGUUUGUUCAUCUGUCUGUCUUUAUCUGUCUGUUAAUCUAUCUUUCUAUCUUGUCUGUUUGUUCUGUCAGUUGUGUAAGUAUCCCAGAUGACUAACUACCUAGGAGUUAUAAUUAAUACUACAGUCACUAUUGUUCUGUUAUGUGAAGUGUUUGUUAAACAUUUUAAUUAUGGAUUUUGUUAGUUUACUACAUACAAAUGUGUAUACACACACACACACACACACACACACACACACACACACACACACACACACACACGUCAUCAUGAUAUCCAGAUUUUAGGUGGUUACACCAGAGAUGCACUUGGGUGGUAAUGUGGGCCCUAAUAUGGGUACCACUAUAAAUAAAAUUGCGUGCAGCACUAAUUGAUGGUAGUUGAAUAGCGCUGCCCACAUAUACUCUUCAAGUAU